AUGGCGAUCAAUUUGAUCCAAGGUUUCCGUACCAAAUGCCACCCAAAGCAUGCUGCUCCAAUCGGAUUGUAUCCAGAUGCCAAGUACUUGGUUAUUCGGAUUCCCAAUUCCAGAGCCUUGAUCCUCGUUGCUCGUUCUUUGAUCUUGGCUUUGUGCAUCGCCUCACUCCCGUGGUUGAACUCACUCCUUCCCACAGCAACCACUUCUCUGCCUGAAAUAAUGAGCUCAUCCGACGUGGUUAAUCUGGAGCUUCUGCCUUUGAUCUUCCGCGACUUGGCCAACGAAGGUCUAUACAGGAAAGGAACACAUAAAGCUGUUUACGUAAGCAACGGAGAUGAAGAAGCUGUUAAAGCAUCUCAGAUCCUUGAUAACGAUGAUAUCAAGGAAAUCGAGCUUAUCAACUCCGACAAACGAAGCUUAACCCCUGAAAACUCAAUCGACUUUGCCUUCGUCUCUGCCUUCCCUGAUGCCUCAAAGUUUAUCGAAAGGACCCUUAAAAUCCAUGGGAUUGUCGUGCUUUCGCUCAGCAAUGACGCCUCUAACAGUUUCAAGAAGCCUAACAACUACAAGAUGGUGUACCUGAGGCGAUUUGACACGAUCAUUUUGGCAAUGAGGAAGACCAGCACCCAUGCAACCGAAACUUCAUCCUCUACCACCACCUCUCCCACAAGGAGAAGGCUCUUGGCUGAGGAGGCAAAGAAGGAGGCGCUGAAGAAGCUCGAAGAUGUGCUUCUAGAGCCCCCGAGAGCCUCAUCUGGGAAAUCGAGGAGGUACUUGAAGAGAACAAGGUACCUCCCGGACUUGAUGGGUGACUCGCUCGAGAGCUACCCUAGAAGGGUUUUCAUUGACGUAGGGUUGCCAGAGAAGGAAGGCGGAAGUGGGACGAGCUGGUUCGCAAAGAACUACCCUACCCGGGACAAGAACUUUGAGAUGUACAAGAUCGAGACUGUAACAGAGGAUAGUUCCGGGAAGGAGGUGGUUCAGACCGGAAUAUCGGAGUGGCUGAACAAGAAUGUUAAGGAUGAGGAGUAUGUGGUGAUGAAGGCCGAGGCCGAGGUGGUGGAGGAGAUGGUGAAGAGUAAAGCGAUUCAUUUGGUGGAUGAGCUUUUCUUGGAGUGCAAGCACCAGGGACAUAAUCAAAAAAUUAAUGUUAGGAGCCGCAGGGCAUAUUGGCAGUGCUUAGCAUUGUACGGACAGCUUCGGGACGAAGGUGUUGCGGUGCAUCAAUGGUGGGGUUAG